AUGGGAGCCGAACAAAUGAACGUGAUCGACCUGCGAAGCGAUACUAUCACCCACCCCACGGAGGCAAUGCGAAAAGCCAUGUCCGAAGCCGAAGUGGGUGAUGAUGUUUACGGCGAAGACCCAUCCAUAAAUUUGCUUGAACAGCGGGCGUCGGAAAUCCUGGGGAAGGAAGCCGGGCUAUUGACUGCCAGUGGCACUAUGAGCAACCUGGUUGCCGCCCUUACGUAUUGCCACCGGGGCGACGAGAUAAUCAUGGGAGACCAGGCCCACAUGUUCUGGAACGAAUCUGCCGGUGUUUCUGCGUUGGCCGGCGCGCAGGUUCGGUUGGUCCCUAACGACGAUCAGGGCAAGAUAGACCCUGCAGACCUGUCUGCUGCCAUACGCCCUCGGGGCAACGUCCAUAUGCCACCCACUACCCUGGUCUGCCUGGAGAAUACUCACAACCGGUGCAGCGGUGCGGCACUAACACCGCAGGACACCAAGGCGGUAGCCGACGUGGCUCACGAGGCGGGAGCGAGUGUGCACAUGGAUGGCGCCCGCAUCUUUAACGCCGCAGUGGCACUGGAAGUCCCCCCUGCCGAGUUGGUUAAGGACGUGGACGACGUUUCUUUCUGCCUCUCCAAAGCCCUGAGUUGCCCAGUUGGUUCGGUCCUUGUCGGUUCCGAAGAGUUUAUAGGCGAAGCCCGCCGGUGGCGGAAGAUGAUCGGUGGGGGCAUGCGCCAGGCUGGUGUUCUGGCCGCCGCCGGCCUGGUAGCCCUGGAAACGAUGAUUGAACGACUGGCCGACGACCACGCCAACGCCCGUCGUCUUGCCCAGGGAUUGGCUGACAUCGAGGGGCUUAAAGUUGACCCUGAAAGCAUUCAGACCAAUAUCGUGAUUUUCGAAAUCGAGCCUUCUGUGGGCACUGCUCCGGAAGUGCUUCAAGCUUUGGCCGACGCAGGUGUCAAGGUAACGCCAUCCCGUACCCAAACCCUGAGAAUGGUGACCCACCGCCAGGUAGACAGCGCCGAUGUAGAGGAAGCCCUGUCAAGAGUAGCCGGGGUUGUCGGAAAGCUUCGCGAGCAGAACAAGGCUUAA